UUCUCUUCCCGGUAAUCUGGCCGGCAGGGGGGCGAGAUAUUUCACUUUAUCUGACAUAUUUUGCAUUUUAGUCAGCUACUUUACAUGCUGAGCCUCAGUGGAACCUAAAACCAAAGCCCAGACUGAGACAGUGCAGAGUGAGCUGGCAGCGGACGGUCCCGGGGCAGCUCCUGACGGUGCGUCGCCAAGAGUCCGGAGGCUGAGGUUUGUGUGGACAUUUCUGGGAAAACCUCCAAAGCUCACAUUUGCCAAAAAGGGGGAAACCUGGGAAGAGCCACGGUUUUUCCCUGCACAGUCCCAGCGCAGGUUUAGACCGCAUUUUGUCGGAGGUUCUUCCUUCCUGCGCGCAGAGGAUCGUCUCACAGUUUGCUGGAAAUGAGCGAUGCCCACAGGAUUAAUGGGAUCAUAAGUUAUUACGGCGCUAACGAACUUUGUAUUUUGGAGAUGGUUCAGUAGUUUUUGUUCAUUCAUUUUAUCCGCUGCUGAGGAAUUAUUCAACACCAGAUUUUGGAUAUUUGGGGAUGAUCUGUACUCCGGAUCCGCAGUUCUUAUACUUGAAGUGUUGCUGAGAUGAAGUUGUGGAUGUAACUCUUCACGCACAAACUCCACUCGUUUUUCUGCCGUGUCUGUGAUUUCCUGAGCAGAAGGCAUGCUCACAAAGUGAUCACUGGCAGACUAUUAUGCGCCGAUCCUGCGCACUGAACGUCCUCAUCUGGAAUUAAUUGAUUAACAAAUGCACUAAAGACGCGCCAGGAUCGAGGCUCCACCGCUGGAUCUGUACCUUCAGCCUACUUUACGCCACCAGAAUGAGGGUUCUUGUUUUCACUGCAGCUCUGAUAUGUCUGCUAACCUGGACCCAAGCCGACAAACACACACACCUCAAGCGGGUGCAGUUGCACCGACGCACCAGGCAGGGACGUACCCAUCUGGGCGCAUCGGACAAGGAGCGCGUCGCGGGUCGUUUGCGCCCCGGAUUUGGGUCUGCCAUCUCGGUGCACAGCUCCAAAGGGGCAGACGAUGUUCAGGCUGACGAGGCUGUUCCCGCCAGGACUGGGGCUGGGCAGGGCAGGAGAGCAGGGGCUCAGGUGCCAAGGAGAGGGUUCACGGGACAGAUCGGUUUGCCUCGUCAGGCGGAGAUGCUGCAGGAUGAGGGAACUCCAGGAGCCAGAGCCAGAGUCACCAGGAUGCCCAGCAGCUCCGGGUCGCCUAAUCUGCUGGCCAGUUUCGCGGGAAAGAACCGCGUGCUUGUGAUCUCUGCGCCUCAUGACUCAGACGGCUACUACCGGCUGAUGAUGUCUCUGCUGAAGUCAGAUGUUUACUGCGAGCUGGCAGAGAGGCACGUCCACCAGAUCGUCAUGUUUCACCAGGAGGGAGAGAUGGGAGGCAGGGUGAGGAGGAUCACCACGGAGGGGAAGGUGAUGGAGGAGCCGCUGGACACCGCGCUCAUCCCCAGACUCAUGAGCUUCCUCAAGCUGGAGAAAGGUAAGUUCGGGAUGGUGCUGCUGAAGAAGACCCUGCAGGUGGAGGAGAGGUACCCCUACCCGGUCAGACUGGAGGCCAUGUACGAGGUCAUCGACCAGUCGCCCAUGAGGAAGCUGGAGAAGCUUCGCCAGAAAGGCUUCGUCCAGAAGUGUAAAGCAGCAGGUGUGGAGGGGCAGGUGGAGGAGGGAACUCUCUCAGUUCCUGACACUCCUGUGGAAAGAAAACCAAUGAAGAAGAUGCCAAGGAAGCCGACACAGGCAACAACCACAACCACAACAACAACAACGAGACCAACCACAACAACAACAACAGCCACCACCACAACAACAACUACCACCCGGCCCACAACUACCACAACCACCACAACCAGAGCAACCACAACCACAACCAAAGCCACAACAACAACAACCACCAAACCCACUACGACCACCACCAGAAGAACCACCACCACCACCACCAAAAGACCCACAACCACCACCACCCAGAGAACCACCAGAGCCCACACCACGGCGCUGUGGCUCCCGGCCCCGAGAACCACCGCCGAUCCCUACUACUACAGCCGCAGGGAGAGAGAGAGGUACCCGGCUAAGACCACCCCGGCUGGAGAUAACCGAACCGACAAGGACAACCGAGAUCCACAGGGCCGCAAGCUGGUACCUGCAACACAUAAACCCUCCAGGAUCAAACCCACCAAGAAGAAGACCAGUGUAGAGAAGGUGCUGACUAACGAGUACGAGGACAAGUACGAGCCCAGCAGGCCGACGGCGAGCGAUCCAGAGGAAGCAGAAACCUUCACCGAUGUCAGUCCCACCAAGAGGGUGAAAGGAAAACACGACAAGCACGACAAGAAGAAGAAAAAGACUGACAAGGCUGCCAAGAAAGCUGAGAGGAGAGGAGGGAAGGCAGGGAAGGAGGGAAAGAUCGGGGGAAAGAAGAAUGGAAAGAAGCUGUCCAAGUAUCCCGAGAAAGACGACUACCCGAAGCCCACGAAGAAGCCGACGCCUCCGCCAAAGGGCUCGCUGGCCUCCUUCCUGGACUACUUUGAGAACAGGAGGCGGCUGCUGCUGAUUACGUCCCCCAGCGAGGAGAACAGUAUGUAUGUUCAGCAGAGGGACGAGUACCUGGAGUCUGUGUGCGAGAUGGCCAUCAGGAAAGUGUCCAUUAUCACCAUCUUUGGCUCCCUCACCAACUCCACUAUGAAGAUUGACCAUUAUCAGAUAGAAAACGACAAGCCGAUGAAGGGUCUUCGUCAGGAGGAUCUGGUAAACCAGGAUCUGAUCACUGAGCUGAGGAAAGAGUUCAGCAUGACGUACGAUGAGUUCUACAUGGUCCUCACCGACACAGACAUGAGAGUCAAGCAAUCCUAUGAAGUUCCCAUCGCCAUGAAGGCUGUGUUUGACUACAUCGACACCUUCUCCUCCCGCAUCCGGGAGAUGGAGCAGCAGAAGAGAGACGGAGUCGUCUGUAAGAAGGAGGACAAACCCAGAUCACUGGAGAACUUUCUCUCCAGGUUCCGUUGGAGACGUCGCCUGUUCAUCAUCUCGGCCCCCAGCGACGAGGAGUGGGCCUACCAGCAGCAGCUCUACGCCCUGAAUAGCCAGGCCUGCAACCUGGGUCUGAGGCACAUCGCCAUUCUGAAGUUGGUUGGCACAGAGGCGCCGGAUAUGGGCGGAGUCCUGGAGCUGUAUCCUAUCAACGGGACUGCUACUGUGGAGCGCGAGGGGCUUUCGGCCACGCUGGUCAAGGACAUGAGGAACUACUUCCAGGUCAGCCCGGAGUACUUCUCCAUGCUGCUGGUGGGAAAAGACGGCAACGUGAAGUCCUGGUACCCAUCACCCAUGUGGUCCAUGGCCAUCAUCUACGACCUGGUGGACUCUAUGCAGCUACGCAGGCAGGAGAUGGCCAUCCAGCAGUCGCUCGGCAUGCGCUGCCCUGAAGACGAGUACGGCGGCUACGGCUACCACCAGCACGGAUACGAACACGGCUACCAGGACGGUUACCACCAGGGUUACGGUUACUAACAGGUAGCCGAGGAUGCACACUGCCUCUUUGUGCUUUUUUAUUUUUUUUCCAUCUUUUCCUCCCAUUCCAGUUACAGUCACAGAUGGAUUCAAGCUCCUUGAAUGUUUCGUAGCACUUAGUGGAAGCCUUCAAAACUGCUUCCACCUCUCCACUUCUUUCACAUACAGCAUAGCGCGUAGACCGCUGCAGGUAACAGUAAUUUGUAGAUGAGCCUGGAGGUUCAGGGAUGUGCUGUGUACUUUAGUUUUUUUUUAAUCAUUUUUCCAAACACGUCAGUAUAUCAUCUGUCUCUUGCCUUCCAGGUCGAACUUGCAUACAAAUUUUCAGCACAGACCUUUAUUUUGUAGAUAACAGGCUAAAGUAAGACAUGUAUUUAUUGGACGUCUGUCGCAUCAAAGGUGAAAUUACCGAUAAUUUUAUAAAAAAAACAAGCUGUCACAUUAUUUCUCUUUUUGUAAAGUUUCUGUUGCUAUACAUUGUUCUUAUUUAUACUCUGUUGGCUAUAUGACAAAUAAACAUUUGUUUACCAGUAA